AUGAACCCAUGCUCCUGUUUAAAUAGAGGGCACAUGUAGCACCUGUCUCAAACUUAUACUUUGGUGCUAAAACUAUCGGAACCAUAUUUAAAAAACACUAUCAGUUGCUCUCCCAAAAACUAUUUGUAACACACCAGUCGCAACCCGACAAAUCUUAGGGGGGGGGAAAAUGAACUUUUGUAAAAAUUGACUCAUUUUCUUUGUUAUUGUGAAUUAUGUGAUGUUGAAACUAGCUUUGAAUUCAUUUAUGAUGAGUAGAAUAUUUUUGAUUUAUAUUUUUAGUCCAAACCCUUAGCUUUCCUGGAAAGCGAGAAAUUAGUAUAUUUAUAUUCUUAUAUUCGAUUAGUGGUUGGGUUCGAUAGAAUGAUGUCAAAAAAUAGCGAAAUAUUUUUUGGAGAUUUUAGGGGGUAAGAGUUGGAGAGAGCUUUUUUUUGGCUCUUCAAAUUAAUCGUGAGUGUUAAGCGAGGUAUGAAAUAAACUUUUUGCUUCCAUAGUCGUGUAGAGUUGAAGUACUUAUUCUUUUUUCAGGGAGUAGAGAUCAUAAUUGCGAGCGAAGUGAGGUUGAUGUAAUUAUUUAUAAUUUUAAUAUUUAUUGA